UCCGUUCCGGUCGUUUAAACUUGUCAAAUUCAGUCAUUUAGACACACGUUAUAGCACUGUCAGGUUUAGUGAAUUAUUCUCAAAAUUCCCGUGUAAAAAUGAUGAAAAACAAGUCCGUACAGCUCAUAGACAGUGCCAUGAGCUGUAGCCCCGAGACCCAAAAGGUACAAGACUACAAAGACACCGUGAAGGUGCAAGCGGAGGAGCUGGUGCUCAAAGGGUUCCCGGAAACUAUAGUGAAACUAAACACCCUGCUUGACACCCCGCAGUUUAAAAACCGCUUGUUCACCGAGGUGCACCAGGACCUAAGCAUCCCCUAUCCGGACCCCAUUGUGCUGAAUAAAAACUCAGAUCUACCGCCCGCUAAAAAAACCAAAUAUGACCACAGUCUCUCCUCGAAUGACUCGAGCAAAGAGAGUUCGAAAAUGAUGGUUUUACCCUCGGGGUCGGUUCCGACCAAUAAGAACCUGGUGGAGCUGGUGGAAACUGUCAAGCCACAAAUCCGGAAACUGAUGGAGGACUCGAAUUUAAUGAAAAUGUGGAUCUCGUUUAUGAUUCCCAAGAUUGAGGACGGUAAUAACUUCGGGGUGUCCAUACAGGAAGACACUUUAGCCGAGGUGCAAUCGGUCGAGGCAGAAGCAGCAGCGUUUUUCGAUCAGAUUUCCAGAUAUUUCAUAUCGAGAGGCAAAUUGAUAUCGAAAGUGGCCAAAUAUCCGCAUAUCGACGAUUACAGGCGCGCGGUCCAGGAACUGGACGAAAAGGAGUACCUCAGUCUCUGGCUGAUGUUGUCGGAGAUCCGGAAUCGAUACUGCGCCCUGCACGAUAUCGUUCUGAAGAAUAUCGAUAAGAUUAAGAAGCCGCGGUCGUCGAACGCCACCGAAUCUUUGUACUAAAUUUUCAAUAAAAAUUUUUUCUUCAGUUUAAGCGUUUAUAGGUUAUUAUUAUACAGAAUUCCAGUUUGUAAUACAUAUAUUUGUUUUUUUUGCUAGA